AAAAAAAAAAAGAAGAGGCAAGUCUUCAGUCUUGUAAACCGAAAACGUCUCUCAAAAAAAUUCAAGUUUCAAAUAAACACUGCUCCCCACGACACACACUCUCUCUCUCUCUCUUCCUUCUUCAAAAUCUUCCCUCUCAUACACCUUAAUUCCAUUUCUUCUACUAAUUUAUGUAUCCACUUGCUGUUUCAUUAGUCUGCAAAUGUUAAAUUUGGCUUCAUUUUCAGCUCAUUCAAUCUGUUGGUUUGGUAUUUCGACUGUGAAGAGCUAGGGUUUUUGGAGCUGAUUUGUUGAUGGAUUAAGGAGUUUAAGCGCUUGUUUUUUGCAAUGAAUAGAAGUUUUAGAGCUGAGGAGUCGUUGUCUGGGACGGGGCAGAGGCAGAGACAGCCUCUAAUGGGGAGUAUUAGGAGUUCAGAUGAGGAACUAUCAUUGUUUCUAGAAAUGCGAAGAAGGGAAAACGACAGAAAUAAUAAUCGAUUUCUUCAAAAAUCCGACGAAUUUGAUCCCCUUGGAUCAAAAAGUGGUAGUUCACCUGCAUUUAAUAUUGCACCAGCUGCACCCCUGCGGAAGACUCGUACUGAUGAGUUCCUUAAUGCUGACAAUGAUAAAACGGAUUACGACUGGCUUCUAACACCUCCAGGCACUCCUCUUUUUCCUUCUCUAGAGAUGGAAUCACGUAAAACUAUGAUGAGUCAGCUGGGAACUUCUAGAGCUCACCCCACUGCAUUGACAUCUAGAUUAACAAAUUCUCUCCCAGAGGCCACCUCAAGAAGCAACUUAGCAUCUAGACAGCUAGCUUCCUCUCCUGGAUUAAACACGUCAAGUUCUAGUCUUCGAAGACCAUCUUCUUCAGGUGGAUCAAGACCAUCUUCUUCAGGUGGAUCAAGACCUUCAACUCCUACUGGAAGACCGACAUUGAGCUCAUCUAGAUCCACCUCCACCUCAGCAUCUAGAUCCACAUCUGCUGCAGCAACCAAAGCAAUGGCAUCCACUGCAACCUCUAGAUCAAUGUCAACCACGACAACAUCUAGAGCAUCAAGGUCUGCAACACCUACUUCUCGGGCCACCAUGCCUUCUGCAAAAUCCACUGUUCCUCCAAGAUCUUCAACACCUAUUGCAAGAUCAAGUGCACGGUCCUCAACACCAACAAGCAGGGCCUCAGUUACUGGAUCAAAGUCCACAUCAAGGGCAGCAACUCCAACUCGUCGAGCAGCUUCAGUGUCAAGUACAACAAAUACAACUGUUCCUCCAGUUAAACCUGUGUCUUCCCCUUCGGGUACCAGGUCAGCUACAACGGCAUCACGAAACCCUGCAGCCUCACGUGCUAGUUCUCCAACUGUAAAACCCAGACCAUGGAAGCCUUCAGAUAUACCAGGGUUCUCCCUUGAUGCUCCACCCAAUUUAAGGACAUCACUACCUGACAGGCCAAUUUCAGCUACUAGGGGCAGACCUGGAGCAGCUAGUGUCAGGUCUUCAUCUGUUGAGCCAGCUUCAAAUGGAAGGGUUAGACGACAGUCAUGCUCUCCAGCAAGAGGACGUCCUCCUAAUGGUGUUAUGCAUAGCAGUGGAAGCUCUGUUCCUGUCCCAUCCAUGAGCCGACUUCAUGCUAAAGCCAAGGACAAUGUAAGCCCUGGCAUGGUUGGGACCAAAAUGGUUGAAAGGGUGAUAAAUAUGCGGAAGCUGGUUCCUCCAAAACAAGAUGACAAACAUUCUCCACACAGUAACUUAUCUGCAAAGUCUUCGUCACCUGAUAGCUCAGGUUUUGGAAGAUCAUUAUCAAAGAAAUCCUUGGAUAUGGCUAUUAGGCAUAUGGAUAUAAGGCAGAGAGUCUCGGGUAAUCUGCGUCCCUUGAUGACUAAUAUUCCAGCAUCCUCUAUGUACAGUGUGAGAUCAGGGCCGCCUACUAGAGGCAGGACAAGCAGGUCAAUUAGCGUGCCUGACUCCCCACUUGCCACGAGCAGUAAUGCUAGUUCUGAAGUGAGUGUAAGUAACAACGUUGUGUGCAUUGAUGGAAGUGAAAUUGAUGAAGACAUUAGCAGUGAUAAAGGUGCUCGAUCACCUGCCAGUGUGCGUGGGAGGUGAUGAUUGGCUUUCAUCUGCAUGAUACUUUCUAUGUUUUGGAUCGGUGCCAGUUUCAGAGUUCUGACACCUGAAUAUGAUUGUUUCCCUGGGAGAACUGACUGAUUUGUUUCACCUGACUAUGUAAAGAUUGAUGCAUUGUCUAGCUGUAUUUUGAAUCAUUGUAUUAUUAGUCCUGUUAAUGCCAAUUCCUCGUUUUUGUUCAUGAGAAAUGUGACAUAUAUGAGAUUAGAAUGUCUAAACAUCUUGUGAUGAGAAAUGUGACAUAUAUGACAUUUUUCUUUCUUAGAACAUUUAA